GUUGGAGACCCGAAGAAAUGCUCAGAAGUGUCUGACCAGUUGAUUAAGAGGAAAGGUCAUUACAUCCAGUCAAUUAAUUACCCGACUGUGCCAAGAGGACACGAAAAACUGCGCAUUGCCCCGACGCCUUUUCAUUCCAAGUCGAUGAUUGACGAAUUUGUCAGGGAUCUGACCGAAGUUUGGGAAGAAACCGGGCUGAAUUUGGUGAACCGCCAAUCUGAAAUGGCCUGUGAUUUUUGCAAUGAGCCAAUUUCCGGCACUGAGCUUUCGAGGACGAAACUUCCUUGCGGAGGAGCGAUUCCGAGGCUCGUUUUACGACAAACUGUUACCGCGUCACUGCACUGGAGCUGGGGAAAGGCCCUGGGCUUUGAUGUCAGGAUUCUCUGUCCUGGGGUUGUUCCAUGGGUCAGGGGCCGGGGUUCGGGUCCUGUUCUUUCCAUUGAAAGCAAGGAAGCCGGCUUGGUUGGUGCGAGAGCCAAAGUAGGCGCCGGUGGGCGCCACGGCGGCGUCUUCGUCACGACGCGUCGUCGUUCAUCAUUGAUUCUUCCUCCGCGCUCCCGUUUGUCUUCUCUGCUGAACCCGUCUGUCCCUGGAGCCACUCUGUCCCUCAGAGGACCUCGACCCGGAGGUUCAAUGAUGCUGGGUUUCUUACUCUUGCUGUUGCUGCUGCUUCCACUGAUGUCAGCAGCACUGUCAGUGUUGCCAGUGUUGAGGGCAACGAAGGGGUCUUUGGGGCCCGCGUUGCUGCUGCUGCUGCUGGGCAACGCUGGCUUGUCAAUUCGCCCACCGCGACGCUCUUCACUGCCCCAGGCGUUCGGGUUAUUAUUGGACCGAGAUGAAGCGGUUCGGAUUGACUCUGUUCCGCCGCGCACUUUCGGAGAAGUUGCGAAAGAAACUCACUGGCAGACGUCACGAACGUCGCUGUCGCUGUCUGGAAACACAUACCGGGGAUCCUGGAGCAUCCGUUCGCCCAUUUCUACGCACCGGUUUAGUUUCUGCAAGUCACACACGAUGUCGCCUGCUGCACUUCGGCGCCACUGUCCAUCCACUGUGUACGCCAUGCUUAAUACGGUCACCAGCACCACUGCACCUGUGCACAUCACAAAGCCAUACAAUAAUAUGAAAGGAGCUGGUCUCUUGAUUUUAUUUUUAAAGACUUUCGGAGAAGUUGCGAAAGAAACUCACUGGCAGACGUCACGAACGUCGCUGUCGCUGUCUGGAAACACAUACCGGGGAUCCUGGAGCAUCCGUUCGCCCAUUUCUACGCACCGGUUUAGUUUCUGCAAGUCACACACGAUGUCGCCUGCUGCACUUCGGCGCCACUGUCCAUCCACUGUGUACGCCAUGCUUAAUACGGUCACCAGCACCACUGCACCUGUGCACAUCACAAAGCCAUACAAUAAUAUGAAAGGAGCUGUGUGCAUAUAUGCCCCAAAAAGGACAUUGCAUCGAAAAAGCAGCUCUGCUGGGAUUGGAUCCGAUUCGCUAUAUAGUGGUUUGAAGCGCAGAAUAAAGGGAUCAAUCGAGAAGGUAGCAUUGAACGUGAUUUCAAAGAAAAUGGUUUAUCAUCCAUUCACUGCUGACGCGUCGACGGGAACUGCGAGGGGAAAUACUGGUGCGUUGCGGUUUAGUGUCGGACCUGAUGAGCACCUGCUGCUGGUUGCUGGCUUGGUGCUGGUGAACUUGAAGAAAGGUUUCUCAGAAUAA